AUGACCGGAGCGGGCACUUCUGCCACUCGUCUGGGGUCGGCCGAUCUGAGAUUGAUCAUCUUGACGGAGAUGCAUGCCAACGCAGACAUGAUAGCAUCUCUGGACCCUUCGAUUCCUCUGAUCGCUGACGCGGACACUAGAUUUAGCGCACCCCUCUCUGUCGCACUAAUAUUACGCAAAUACAUUAACUCCAACGUGGCCGGACUGCACAUCGAGGACCAGGCCUCUUCUAAGCGCUGUGGUCACCUGAAAAACAAGCAGCUGGCGUCCCUAGACGAGUUUGUGGUCCGGAUCCGCGCCGCCGCAAGGGCGAGGAAGGAGGCCGGCCGAGAUAUCGUCUCAGUUGCCAGGACCGACUCUCUGCAGUCCCUAGGGUUCGAUGAAGCUGUCCGGCGGCUGAAGGCUGCCGUUGAGGCGGGUGAUGAUGCGGUAUCACUCGAGGGAUUCACGACCAAAGAGCAAGGAAAAGAAAUUUGUCGCAUCGAAGCACAGACGCCGUGUUUGAUCAAUUCUGUAGAAGGAGGACUCACCCCGACCAUCAGUGCCGAGGAAGCGAUACAGUUGGGAUUCAAAAUCCAAAUCUAG